AUGCGUUCACUAUUUGAAGGCUAUCGUCCAACAUUCAAGCCCCAUAGUUUGGGAUAUGAGGCAGAAUCCCUUCUACUCCUGACACCUUCCCAGCAGAUGUGCUACUACGACGGUAAAUUGUUCGGUGGAUACAUUGCCCUAUUGAUGGACCGAAUUCUCGCCGACUGUUGCAAACACAAACACGAACCAGCGUUCACUGCCUACCUAAACACAUCGUUCAUUCAUUCCGUCCCGCCGUCAGCGCCAAUGUUUCUCCGCGCAUGGCCAGAAAAGGUUGAAGGCCGCAAGGUAUUCCUGAAAGGAUCCGUACGAAUCCCCGGAAAAGCAGCCUACGACUGGGUUGAUGCUGUUCGGACAGACGCGCUCUUCAUCAGGCCCAAACCCUGA